AAGUUAUCGUAGUUUGUGAUACCCUGGUUCUUGAGAACAUCCUGCGCAUUCUAGCUCGCAUGCUCAUAGUCGGGUAGAGCUGUAAAGACAGCAUUCUACUUAGAAAUCAACUCUACCGAGAAGACUCAAAGAACGGAGCUAAUAUGGCCAUGGCGCUGUGGUUUGUUCUGAGUUUACUGUCUCCAUUGACUGUUGGUGCUUCAACCACUCUUUACACAUAUCUACAGACAAGUACAUCUCCACCGUAUACAGUCCCUAUGACUGAGACUACGACUACUUUUGCUCCAAUAGGAACGGUAAAUUCUAAUAUCGCACAAGGAAACGAACUCCAGCUGACAGUCAAUCCAAAUGAGAUCGUUUUGGGAGUGACCCCUGAUCUUACCCUGCAUUGCACACCGGGACUGAAAGAUGACCUGUCCAUUAUCAUGAUGCUUCAGAUUAGUCACCUACUCAACGGAACAAGGACACUCAUCGCUGAUGUCACGCCCUCUGGUACGCGCGUGUCACACGUGCAGUACACCAACGCAAAAGUUACAGGGAACAUACCAAGGUAUGGGGUCGUAGGUGCCUUUCUGACGGUAGCCGUGUCCAGACCUGGAGUCACAGACGGUGGUCAGUACGAAUGCUCCCUCUCAGGCCUUGACUCCACAGAGCUGCUGACGACCAAAAGUGUCACAACAGUCGUGUCUGUUCUCGAUCUUAACGAAAUCUCAUCGCAAAUCAGGGAACUCAGACAGGAAGUGAGCGAAGGAGCCAGAAAGUACGAGCAACUGGAAGAAGAAGUGCGUAAACUGGAGACUGCACGAGGUGUUGCCUUUGCGGCAUUCCUGUCCAUUGAUGUUGAUGCUUCCAGAGGGCGACUUCUCUUCGACAUGGAGACUGUAGACACCAGAGACUCAUUUGCUAGUGGAGCGUACAUCGUGCCCGAAGCAGGAAACUACCUGCUAGUCCUGCAGAUAGCGGUCAAAGCCGGAGGUCACAUAAUCGCUGACCUGCGUCACGACGGGAGGCCACUCGGCCGUGUCAUUGCCAACGGAUGGUACGAGGACGGGCAAGCCAGCACAUCUGUCAUCGCGCUGCUGAGGCAAGGAGAGAUAAUUGAUGUAGAAGUGGUGCAGCAUUACAACUCAACUAGGCUGUUGAGUUCUCAAGCCACCUUCCUAUCUGGUCGCAUGUUGUGAGUUAUCUCCCUUCCCACCCAACGCAUGACCUGUUGUAGGUUUUCGUACACAUUUUACACAUUUCUGGAUUUGCUAGAUUACUUUGAUUACCUGUUUGAAAUAACUAUUUCUCUUUAGCUAAUUUGUCGAAAAACUGUGUCUUUAAAAACAAAUUAGUAACAUUUUCAGAAGUGGUAACAUUGGUUCCCAGUCACUUAAUCCCCAGACACUUCAUCCCCGACACUUAAUCCCCGAUACUUCAUCCCCUAGACUUUUAAUCCCUAAGCACUUCAU